AUGGCUUCAUCGGCAAGACACUCUCGAAACGGACUCGUCACUAUCAUGCUAUUACUGCUACCAAUAUUAGCCACUGCACAACCACGCACCAACGUAACACUUGGGUCAUCCCUCGUUGCAAACUCUGCCAACUCCACUUGGCUCUCGCCUUCUUCUGAAUUCGCUUUCGGAUUCCAGCAGACCGCUCCCAAAGGCGGCUACUUGCUCGCCAUCUGGUUCCAUCAAAUACCAGAAAAAACUAUCAUCUGGUCCGCCAAUCGCGACGAUCUAGCCCCAGAGGGUUCACGAGUCCAGCUUGCAGCCAAUGGGAGGCUCCAGCUCAACGAUCCCACAAGCCGACUGAUCUGGGCCGCAGAGUCCAGCGCCGCUUCCUACGCCGCCAUGCUCGACAAUGGCAACUUCGCGCUCUUCACCGCUGCUUCAGCAAACCUGUGGCAGACCUUCGACCAGCCCACCGACACAUUACUCCCAACCCAGAUACUCAAUCAAGGCGGAGAGCUGAUCUCCAGCUUCUCCGACAAAAAUUUCUCCCGUGGAAGAUUCUUGUUCAGGCUGCAGACCGAUGGGAAUCUUGUGUGGUACACUAGAAACUUCCCCAUGAACGACAUCAUCAGGGCGUAUUUGGCCACAGCGACGGUGGGAGACGGAUUCCGCCUCAUCUUCAACCAAACCGGAUACUUUAACCUCGUUGCACGAAACGGGACUCUGCUCAGCAAUCUCUUCUCGAACCUCGGAGCUUCAUCAACACAGUAUUACCAGAGGCUGACGCUGGAAUACGACGGCGUUCUGAGGCAUUAUGUAUAUCCCAAGUCUGAUAACUGGACUGCUGGGCGGCCGAGGGCGUGGUCCGUUCAGGACUUCUUACCUUCGAAUAUAUGCACUCAAGUAAGACAGGAUACAGGCGGCGGUGCUUGUGGUCUCAACAGUCUCUGCUCCAUGGGAAUCGAUCAGCGGCCGCGAUGCCGCUGCCCCUUCGACUACUCUCUCAUCGAUCCUAAUGACUUGUGGAGUGGAUGCAAGAAGGAUUUCCUUCCGCAUAGCUGCGAUGCAGAAUUGCAGGACAGUGAUCUCUUCGUGUUCAAGGACAUACCUGAUGCGGAUUGGCCCGACUCCGAUUAUGCACACUUCAGCCCUGUCUCGGAGGACUGGUGCCGACAGCAGUGCCUCACUGAUUGUUUCUGUGAUGUUGCUAUAUACAGAAACGCCGAUUGUUGGAAGAAGAGAUUCCCUCUUUCUAACGGGAAGAUCGAUUCCUCAGUUGAUGGAAAGGCUUUGAUAAAGGUGAGGGUUAGAAACGCCACCGUUUUGGAUCCUCUCGGGAGUAAGUCAGGGAAGAAAAACAGAUUAGGCCUGAUCAUAGCCGGUGCUGUUUUGUUGGCUAGUUCAGUGUUUCUCAACGUAGUUCUGUUUGCAUCAAAACUGUUCUUGGCCGGGAAGAAAUCGAAAAAGGUGGAAGAUGAAGGCAGCUUAGUUUAUCCCGGACUCAACAUAAGGUGCUUCAGUUUCAAGGAGCUGGAAGAAGCCACCGAUGGAUUCCACCUUGAGCUGGGCAACGGCGCGUACUCAACAGUAUACAAAGGGGUUCUGUUGGAAGAGAAUGGAAAGGUGAUCGCGGUGAAAAAGCUGACCAGAAUGGCAGAUGAUGCAGAUCAAGAAUUCAAAGCCGAAGUGAGUUCAAUCAGCAGGACCAACCACAAGAACUUAGUCCAGUUAGUGGGAUACUGCGCUGAGGGCCAAAAUAGGCUUCUGGUGUACGAGUACAUGAGCAAUGGAUCUCUCGCCAACGUCUUAUUCGUUAACAAGUUGAAGCCAAAAUAG